AUGCGUUUCCAAAGUAGCAUGAAGCAUAAGAAGACAACGGUGAACCUCCUCAGCGUGAAACAGAGGUCGAACGAGUCGAUCCGAUCGUACGUCUCCCUGUUCAAUAAAGAAUCCCUGGAUGUUAGAGACCUGGAUGGGGCCACAGCUCACACCGCAAUGAGCAAUGGACUUACACAUGAAGCCCUGAUCAAGGACUUGGCUCGAAAGCCGACCAAAAGUAUGAUCGAGCUCCUCAACAGGUGUAACGAGUUUGCGAACAUGGAAGACGUUAUCCAAGCACGCAAGGGAAAUGAAAACAAGGGAGAGAAUAAAAGGUCAGCGACCGAUGACCGAAGGGAUCAAAAGCGGACCAAGACUGAUCCCAGAGCUGAGAGCUCAGACUGA